GGCCCAGCCGCAGGAUGCGCGCCCCGCCGCUACUGCUGCUGCUGGCCGCCUGCGCGCCGCCGCCCUGCGCCGCGGCCGCCCCGACGCCGCCGGGGUGGGAGCCGGCGGCCGACGCGCCCUGGUGCCCCUACAAGGUGCUGCCCGAGGGCCCCGAGACGGGCGGCGGGCGCCUGUGCUUCCGCAGCCCCGCGCGCGGCUUCCGCUGCCAGGCGCCCGGCUGCGCGGCGCACGCCUCGGCCGGCCGCUCGCUGCGCGCCAGCGUCCUGCGCAACCGCAGCGUGCUGCUGCAGUGGCGCCUGGCGCCGGCCGAGGCGCGCCGCGUGCGCGCCUUCGCGCUCAACUGCUCGUGGCGCGGCGCCUACACGCGCUUCCCGUGCGAGCGCGUGCUGCUGGGCGCCUCCUGCCGCGACUACCUGCUGCCCGACGUGCACGACGGCGUGCGCUACCGCCUGUGCCUGCAGCCGCUGCCGCUGCGCGCCGAGCCUGCCGCCGCCUCCCCGGAGCCCGCCGGGCCGGCCGAGUGCGUGGAGUUCGCCGCCGAGCCAGCUGGCAUGAGGGAGAUCGUGGUGGCCAUGACGGCGGUAGGCGGCUCCAUCUGCGUCAUGCUCGUGGUCAUCUGCCUGCUCGUGGCUUACAUCACCGAGAACCUCAUGCACCCGGCCUUCGGGCGCCCCGGUCUGCGCAGGCAGCCCUGAAGCGCGAAGCGGCCCGCCCACCGGGGCUCUGCCUGCCCCACGAGUUCGUGGGAGGCCACAGACGCUCCAGCCCGCUAUCCCUUCCGCGUUCCUGCUCCCUCCUAGGAUCUCCACGCAGGGCCUGCUGGAGACGGAUAGGGCACCGGCCAGCCGCACCAGGACCUUGAAGUCGUCGCACGACCUUCUCAGCUGGACAUCCGCAUCCCAGACUUCAGCUCGGGACUGGCCUUUGGGCCUGGGCAGAGAUGACAGCUGCGUCCAGGGCUCUCCCUGCUCUCCAGAGGCCUUUCUAGAGGCCGCCAGGACAUAGAGCCCUUUCUAGCAAGAGCCAUUGGCACCCGUGGGUCGUCACUCUACUCCUCCAUCGUGUACCACUUUGGAAAAACUAGGCUGUCGUCCUUGCUUGGUCACUGUGCGCUUUACCAGCUCGAGGGGCCCCAUUGGAGCCUAUGCUUUGCCCGCCCCACCCCAGUGGGCUUAGGUUAGCUUCGUGCCUUAGUAUCUGGGGCCCACUGCUGGAACCAACUCCUGGUCCUGUGCUGUCUGAGAGGGUCUGUGGCCCUGAAACUGGCUGGCUCGUGUGUGGUUCUCGCCAGAGCCCCCUGGGCAUCCCCACUUCAAGAUUUGCAGGAGUGUCGGGUGCGGGUAAAGAGAGUCUGUGGUGUUUUCCUACGUGGGUGUCUGACAAGCUGGGAGUCAAGAUGUAGCUCAGCAGGCCAGGCCAAGCGUCCAGCUGCUGUGCCCAGGGGUGAGUGUCCUCUGACCUUGGGGGAAGCUGGCAGUUCUCCAGGGCCGGGCUACCCCGCUUCCUUUUGCGUGUGCUGCUUCUGACUGAGGACUUUCUAUGGCAAGUGGGGACAGGUGGCUGGGAAGAGGGGACCUGGUCUGAAAGGACAGCGUUGGAUCCAGAGGGCAGAAUAGAUGCCAGCCUUGCCCAGCUGGACUUUGUACUGUGGUCUGGAUCCCAAGCCUCAGCCACAGCAUGACAGAUAGCACCACCCCACCCCCUCCUCGAGCUGGUGGCUGGGAGCCCAGGAUCUGGCCAGAGAUGCUGCUGCCCGCCUAGAGUCCCAAGGUGGGCUGAAGGCUGACCUUGCCCCUCUCUGGGCAGACCUGAGCACCCUGACCAGGGUUGCUUCUUGUGCCGAUCACUUGGUGAUGCCGAGUGCUGGGAGGGGUGUGGCACGGGAUGCCGAGUUCUCCAUGAGCCCCUGACUGUGACCACCCUGGACCUGGCACUUCUGGAGUCACUGUGGCUUACCCAUCCCCACCCUCACCCAGUGGCCACCAGCGACCCCAGGUCCUGGCUGGUGCCUCCGAAGCACCCACUCCCCACCUCUCUGUCUUUGCUCUGCCCGCCCCUGGCGUGGCACUAGUCAGGUGUGAGCCUGGCGCCAUUAUCUGUCAAAAUGUCUAUCAUUCUUAGACCAAAA